GAUUCAAUCUCCAGUUCUCGAUCAUUAGUGUCUGGAAGGUUGUGUUUGUGGUGUGCUGUCCAAAAUGGACCAAACCGUUAGAGAUUUGCAAGCCAAAAAUGAACGGCUCACAGAGGAAGUUGAUCAUCUGAAAUCCGUGUUCAGCCUGCUGAAGGAAAACACAGAGCUGGGAGCCAGCAGGACGCAGGCCUGCAACAGUGGCAGCGUGGAUCAAAGCACAGCUCAAGGAGCAAAACCAAAAUGUCACUUGCAUAGCCAAUUAGAUGAAGGACAAUUCAGGAGAGACUUGGGACAGUCCACAUCCAGACAAGAGCAACGGACAUCUUCUCCCACCAACUUCCGGUCUUUCCUCCAAACCUCUGCAUUUAGAGACACAGAUGGGUCGGAGGUCGUUCCAGACUUCCUGAAUACUUCCUUAGAUCCAUCAGGUCCAUCAAGGCUUCUUGGAGAGAUUGCCUUUCAGCUGGACAAGAGGAUUUUGAUGCAUAUCUUCCAGGCACAAAAAAGGCUCUACGGUUUCACACUCCUCAAUAUUAGGGAAAAGAUCACAGAGGUUAGCACACACCCUGUGACAGGAAAUGUGGAUAAAGGCUAUCAGCUGUACCUCACACAGAGGUACAAUACCCUCAUGAACAGACUGAACCAACUUGGGUACAAAUCAGCUCUUCAUCCACUUUUCUCUGAAUUUGUCGUCAACACCUACGGUAACCUGAAAGAGAGACCGAAUGAAAACAGUCUCCAUUUGAUCAGUCCUUACGCCCUGAAGAAGGUGAUACUCACUGCUGCACCAAAGAAGCUCCAGAAGGACCUGCUGCUUCUGCUCAGCUGCCUGUGUUACAUGGCAGAGGAGGACAGAAAGCCUCUAUUCUUCUGCUAACCACCACUGUUUUCAGGGCAGUGAACUAAAAGAGUCACAAUAAAGAAAGUGAAGUAAUCUGAAAAGAUGAAGAAAGUC